AUGGCCACCUACAAAGUCAAGGUGGCCACGGGCACUGACUUCUUCUCGGGAACGCUGGACUGCAUCUCGCUGACCAUCGUGGGCACUGAAGGCGAGAGCCACAAGCAGCGGCUGAACCACUUUGGGAGAGACUUCGCCACUGGGGCGGUGGACGAGUACGCGGUGCAGUGCCCGCAGGCGCUGGGGGAGCUCGUCAUCAUCCGCCUUCACAAGGAGCCCUCCUUCUUCCGCAAGGACCCCUGGUACUGCAACUACGUGCAGAUCUGCGCCCCCGACGGCCGCGUCUACCAUUUCCCCGCCUACCAGUGGAUGGACGGCUAUGAGACCCUAGCACUCCGGGAGGCCACGGCAAAGACAACAGCAGAUGACACACUCCCCAUCCUUCUGGAACACAGACAAGAGGAGAUCAGAGCCAAGCAGGACUUCUACCACUGGAGGGAAUUCGUUCCUGGCCUCCCCAACUAUGUGCACAUCCCCAGCUAUCACCCUCCUGUCCGGCACUGCCGCAGCACCAACCGGACUGAGUGGAACGGCUAUAUUCCAGGAUUCCCGAUUCUCAUCAACAUUAAGGCCACCAAGUUUCUGAACUCAAAUCUCCGUUUCUCCUUUGUCAAGACAGCAUCCUUCUUUUAUCGCCUGGGGCCCAUGGCACUGGCAUUCAAAUUGCGUGGCCUGGUGGACCGCAAACGGUCGUGGAAGAGACUAAAGGACAUUAAGAAUAUUUUUCCUGCCACGAAGACUGUCAUCUCAGAGUAUGUGGCUGAGCACUGGGCAGAGGACAGCUUCUUUGGGUACCAGUAUCUCAAUGGUAUUAACCCGGGCCUGAUCCAACGAUGCAUGAGGAUCCCAGACAAAUUCCCCGUCACAGACGACAUGGUGGCCCCAUUCCUGGGUGAAGGAACGUGCCUCCAAGCAGAGCUAGAGAAGGGGAACAUUUACCUGGCCGACUACCGCAUCUUGGAGGGUAUCCCCACAGUGGAGCUCAACGGCCACAAGCAACACCACUGCGCCCCCAUCUGCCUGCUUCACUUUGGUCCCGAGGGCAUGAUGCCCAUAGCCAUCCAGCUCAGCCAGACCCCUGGGCCUGAUUGCCCCAUCUUUCUGCCCAGCGACUCUGAAUGGGACUGGCUGCUGGCUAAGACGUGGGUGCGCUACGCCGAGUUCUACUGCCACGAGGCCGUGGCACACUUGCUGGAGAGCCACCUCAUUGGGGAGGCCUUCUGCUUGGCCUUGCUGAGGAACCUACCCAUGUGCCACCCUUUGUACAAGCUCCUCAUUCCUCAUACCCGCUACAACGUCCAGAUCAACAGCAUCGGGCGGGCUCUCCUUCUGAACGAGGGCGGCCUCUCUGCCAGGGCCAUGUCCCUGGGCCUGGAGGGCUUUGCGCAGGUGAUGGUGCGGGCUCUGUCUGAGCUCACCUACAAAGACCUCUGCGUCCCCAAUGACUUUGUGAAGCGUGGGGUCCAGGACCUGCCGGGAUAUUACUUCCGGGACGACAGCUUGGCGGUGUGGUAUGCCAUGGAGAGGUAUGUGACAGAGAUAAUCACCUAUUAUUACCCGUGUGACGCGGCCGUGGAGGGCGACCCAGAGUUGCAGUGCUGGGUGCAGGAGAUAUUCAAGGAAUGCCUUCUGGGGCGUGAGAGCUCAGGUUUCCCCACGUGCUUGCGAACCGUGCCUGAGCUAAUCGAGUAUGUCACCAUGGUCAUGUAUACCUGCUCUGCUAGGCAUGCGGCAGUCAACACGGGCCAGCUGGAGUUCACCUCCUGGAUGCCCAACUUUCCCUCGUCCAUGAGGAACCCACCGAUGCAGACCAAAGGGCUGACCACUCUUCAGACCUACAUGGACACGCUGCCAGAUGUGAAGACCACGUGCAUCGUGCUCUUGGUGCUCUGGACUCUGUGCCGCGAGCCUGACGACAGGAGGCCUCUUGGCCACUUCCCGGACAUCCACUUCGUGGAGGAGGCCCCCCGGCGGAGCAUGGAGGCCUUCCGCCAGCAGCUGAACCAGAUCUCACACCACAUCCGCCAGCGCAACAAGUGUCUCCCCAUUCCCUACUACUACCUGGACCCUGUGCUCAUAGAGAACAGCAUUUCCAUCUAGGGUGACCCUCUCGCCCCGU